AUGUCAAGGGAUAGGUCCGGCAAGAGGGAAGAAAUAGAUUACUACCGUCCUCCUGCUCCAUUCGCCAAUAAUCCUGCUCCUUUCGCCAAUAACCCUGGUUUGAAUUUGUCACUCUUGCUGAGGUUGUUGCUCUACCCAAAGGGAAAUAAGAAAAGUAAUGGGGGUGACUGCAUCUCCCUUUACUUGCAAAUUGCAGAGACAGAAAAACUUCCUCCAGCUUGGGAAGCAAAUGUCAACUUCAGGUUAUUUGUUUUUGACCAGAUUCGGGACAAGUACUUGACCGUUGAAGAUGCUGGGGCAGUUAAGCGAUUUCAUCAGAUGAAGACAGAAUGGGGCUUUGAUCAAUUAGUCCCCCUUGAGUCUUUCAAUGACCCUUCCAAUGGAUACCUGGUUGAUGAUUCCUGCGUAUUUGGGGCAGAGGUUUUUGUAAUUGAACAGACCCGAAAAUUGGAGUGCGUUUCUAUAAUAAACCAGCCUCAUGGCAAUCCUAUUACUUUCAAGAUUAAAAAUUUUUCAAAAUUAGAUAAAGAAUAUUAG